UAAUCAGCAACUUCCGGGUGCGGGGAGGAGAGCCGCAGUGUCUGAAUCUGAUUUCAGAUCGACCAAAGUCCCACACAAACGCCGACUUCAUGAACAAAACUCCACGAACUGUAAACACAAACUUUAUUUUUGAUCGGAAAAGAUAUAACAGACUUUGUUGAAAGACUGAAACCAACAAUAAAGGUUUCACACAGUAGUUUGAGGUGGAGUAGCGCGUUCACGUGGUUCGGAAGCUGUGGAGAAGUUUCUCGAUCUUUCGACAGGACUUCAAAUAGGGUGGCAACCCAGCGAGAUCAGAACGGCAAGCUGACGGCGCAACAAACACGUAAGAGAGUUCUGCAAACGCUUUCUGAGUAUUUGUUUUUAAACGCAAGGACUGGACUAAAUACGUUUUUUUUUUUUUUUUUUUGGAAAUCGUUAUCUUCGUUUGAAAAAGCUAAAUGGUGAAAAUGGGAAAGGAUUAUUACAGUGUUUUGGGGAUUCAGAAGGGCGCUUCUGAGGACGAGAUCAAAAAAGCUUAUCGCAAACAAGCGCUAAAAUACCACCCGGACAAAAACAAGUCGCCUGGCGCUGAGGAUAAGUUCAAGGAGAUCGCGGAAGCCUACGACGUGUUGAGUGACCCGAAAAAGAAGGACAUCUAUGACAAAUUUGGCGAAGAAGGGCUCAAAGGAGGUGUCCCUGGAGGUGGAGGAGGAAAUGGUGGUAAUUUCACCUACACAUUCCAAGGUGAUCCUCAUGCAAUGUUCUCAGAAUUUUUUGGAGGACAAAACCCUUUCGAGCACUUUUUCGGCCGCAAUGGUGGCAUCGGUGAGGACAUGGAAACAGACGAUCCUUUUGCUAGUUUUGGGAUGGGUGGCAUGGGCGGUUUUCCACGGUCCUUUAACACACACGCUCAUGGCGGUAAACUGGGGAAAAAGCAGGACCCUCCGGUGACCCAUGACUUAAGGGUGAGCCUUGAGGAAGUCUUCACUGGCUGCACAAAGAAGAUGAAGAUCUCACGCACACGCCUGAACCCAGAUGGAAGAACGACACGUUCCGAGGACAAAAUUCUUACGGUGGAAGUAAAGAAGGGGUGGAAAGAAGGUACCAAGAUUACUUUCCCCAAGGAAGGCGACGAGACGCCAACAAAUAUCCCUGCAGAUAUUGUAUUUGUGGUGAAGGAUAAACCACAUUCCGUGUACAAGCGAGAUGGAUCAGACAUCAUUUACCCAGCAAAAAUUACACUGAAAGAGGCACUCUGUGGCUGCACCGUUAACGUUCCAACAUUAGAUGGCCGCAAGGUCCCCAUAACGACUAAGGACAUUGUUCGGCCUGGGAUGAAACACCGUAUCAACGGAGAAGGUCUUCCCCUUCCAAAAUCCCCAGAUCGCCGUGGGCACCUGAUUGUGGAAUACGAGGUUAAGUUCCCUGAAAGACUGAGUCAAAGUGCCAAGGACACGAUCGCAAGUGUUUUGCCAGCUUCUUGAACUCUGUUUAUAACAACACCACUAGAAAUUCUUCUGUUACUAAAGGCUAAAAAUGUGAGGUCACCCGAAUAAGGUUGAUCUAAGAAAUGCAUGAUUAUUUUGCAACGUACUGCCAAUGAAAAAACAUCUGAUCAAAUAUAGCUGGAUUUGCCUGUGUACAUUGUAAACCCAAGUUUCCUUUGGGUCUGGACCAGCAGAAAGUCCACACAUGUUCCAGCUGUGGCCUGUUGGCCAAGGUUUCAUGAGCACUAAUGAUUUCUAAGACACCAAAGGGAGUUCUAAUGGAGCCGUUUGAUGUAUAUAAAAGUGAUUAACAGAUACUGUAUAGUGAUGGCCCCAAAAUGACAUCAUUUAUAGUUGUUAAGUUUAUACUGUGUGCACACUGCUUGGGUUCUUCCUCAUCUGAGUCUCUCGUUUUGUAUGUGAAUCAUCAUCUCGAGCAGGAGGUCACACCAACACCAGUGAGAAUUGAUUUUUUUUUUUUUAAAUAAAAUGUUUCAACUGGUAAUCUUGCGGCUUCAUUUUUGUUUAAAAGAUUACAUGGUUGUUUUGUAAGUUUUGUUCUCUCACUCUACAUUUUUUUAUUUUAACCCAUGCUGGGUAAAUAUUGGACAGAACACAUGCUGGGUUAAAAAAUAUCCAAUGUUGGGUUGUUGUUAUGCAACCAUAGGUUAUAAUAACACAGCAGUUGGGUUAAAACAACCAAGCAUUGAGUCAAUUUUAACCCAGCAGUGUGUUAUGUCCAAUAUUUACCCGUCAUGAAGGUAAAAAUAACCCAGCAAUUUUGAGUGUGCUGUAAUUGGUGAUUUAAUGUUGACAAAUUGCUAAAAUCUUUUUUGAUGUGCAGGACGUACCUGUCUAUCUGAUAAUAGCUUAUUUUUAUAUAAAUAAGCUUAUUUGUCAAAUUUUAGUUAUAAAGCAACAUUUUCCCUGCAUGUGGCCACAAUAUAACUGUACAGCCACUGGAUGGCUGUAUUGUUGUACAAAUAGAUAACACUAUUUACACAGAAUAUUCCAGCUGUUUAGUAACUGACAGUGCUUUUUUGCUGCUAUUGUAACAUUGGGGGUUUGUAUUACUGUGUUUUUAAGGUGUUAAUUGUAUAUUGUAUUACAAAAUAAAUGUUUGUGAAUUUAAGAU